CAAAUAUUUCAGUGUCUGUAAUACAGUUACACCAGAGAUGGUUACACUACAACUAGCCUACUUCGUAAGAGCACAAAGGUUCGAACCAGAGAGUGUUAAAGCGGAGCUAGUAAUCAAGGAUCUUUGGUUGAACCAUGGACCGUCUACUGUUUAUUGUACAAUGGAGGGAAGCUAAUGUGAUAUUUUAAUAGCCCGUCUCAAACCAAAGUUCGAAAGGUAGUGGUUUCGAGCGGUAAACAGACGUUGCAACCUUGAAUAUGGCACUUUCCACCUGUACGUCGAACUAUAUCCUUGGGAUCGAUUUAGGAACCACGUCUGUGAAAGUUGUAUUGCUCGACUCCUUGUCAAGAACUGUCACGGAAAGUUACUGUUUGCCAACACGAGCUGACAAGGAAAGCAAUGUGACCAAUGCCAAGGAGCAGGAUCCAGAGAGGAUAAUUAACACCCUCAAUCAGUGUGUUGCUUCUCUGCCUGGAGAGAAAUUGCAGAAAGUCGUUGGAAUUGGAGUCUCUGGACAAAUGCAUGGAGUUGUGUUCUGGAGAGCAAAGACAGGUUGUGAAUGGUUUGGCACCAAUAAUGUUCGCAUGUUCAAGCCCAAAGACACCAGUCAAUUAAUUAUAUGGCAGGAUAGCCGCUGCAGCAGUGAUUUCCUUUCUUCGUUACCACAGCCAAACUCUCAUCUUACCCUUGCCACUGGCUUUGGAUGUGCAACUAUCUUCUGGUUGCUCAAGCACAAACCUGGAUUUCUCACAGAAUUCAAUGUGGCUGGAACCAUCCAUGAUUAUGUGGUAUCGAUGUUGUGUGCAUCCAAGGACUGUUCCAUUUCAGCACAGAAUGCUGCCAGCUGGGGUUAUUUCAACACUGUCACCCAUCAGUGGAACCUUGACAUCAAUCUCUGCACCUCUUUCAGUCUGAGAGAGGCUGGCUUUCCUGUUCAUCUGCUCCCUGAGCCUGUUGAGUCUGGGGCCUUUGCUGGACACACCUGCUCUGAAUGGCACGGGAUCCCUGCUAACACUCCUGUUGGGGUCGCACUUGGAGACCUCCAGUGCAGUGUCUACUCCACUAUGACCAAUAAGACUGAUGCAGUUCUCAACAUUAGCACUUCAGCUCAACUAACCUUUGCCAUGCCGGCUGGCUUCGCACCUGACUGUGUGCCUGAUGCUCUGUCACCCAUCGCCUACUUCCCUUACUUCAGUGGCUCCUAUUUGGCAGUAGCGGCCUCACUGAAUGGAGGCAAUGUGAUGGCGACCUUUGUUGGAAUGCUGACAUCCUGGAUUAAAGACCUUGGGGUUGAGAUCAGUGAGACCAGUAUCUACCCGCAGCUUAUCCAGGCUGCCCAGGACCAGUUAGACACGGACCUGAGGGUCACCCCCACCGUGCUGGGUGAGCGACACGCGGCCACUUCCCUGGGCCAGGUGUCCAACAUCUCGCCCUGGAACCUCUCGCUGGGCCAUGUGACCCGAGCUCUGUGCCGUGGAAUCCUGGACAACCUCGUGAGCAUGAUGCCUUCGCACACGUUGCGGGAGGCAGGAGUGGAGAGGAUUGUGGCUAGUGGGAGUGCCCUGACCCGGAAUGAAGUCAUUAGGCAGGAGGUUGAGAAAGCCUUCCCACUGCCAGUUGUCUAUGGAAAAGAUGUAGACUCAGCAGUUGGAGUUGCUAUGGUCUGCAGUGACUACUUGAGUAGAAAACGAUGAAUGGCAUGUCUUUCAUGUCUUCAUCACACUUCAUCUGUAGAGUUGAAAUGAAGUAGAGUUAAGAAAGUGUAUUGCAUUCCGUAGUUUUUUGUUUAAUGUAGUUUUAAUUUGAAUGUGAUCAUUUGCACAAGGAUGUCAAAACAAUGUUUGCCUACAUUUUUUUCUAGUUAAUUUGUGUUUCUUUGACACAUUUUAAAUUGUUCUUUUCUAAGAAACUAAUUUGAAUUCAGUUUGCUGUUAUUUGUUUUGCAAGAUGAUAAUUGCAUAAAAUAUUUUUAUAUGAAUAUACCUUAAUUUCACAUGUUGACAAACAUAAUUGUUAGUUGGGCAUGUCGAUGAUAAUCUUAGUCUUGAUAAUCUUAAUAGUUUAUGUGAAUUUUUAUAUAGCAUGUUAAUAUGGAAGCCCGUUUCCGCCACUUGAAUUAUGUAAUUACGACUUUAAAUCUCAAAAUUAUGACUUUAAAUCUCAAAAUUAUGACUUUAAAUCUCAAAAUUACGACUUUAUUUCUCAUUAUUAUGACUUUAUAUCUCAUAAUUAUGACUUUAAAUCUCAUAAUUAUGACUUCGUAUCUGGCAGUUUUUUUUUCUUCAAGUGGCGGAAACGGGCUUCCAUAUGUUAAAGCAAAUUUCUGUAUAAACAAUGACGGGACAAUGUAUUGUAUUAUGUAUAAUUGUAUCACAAUAUACAGUGUAAAAUGCAUAAACUGUAUUCAGUGAAUUAUGAAAAUAUGUGUGUUUAAAAAUAAAACCUUGCAUAGCAGUA